GAAAAACAGUUUUUCUUUUCUCAGGCAGAAGAAUCUCAUGUCAUGUCUCUCUAGCGCCUCGUCUCUUCAACAGGCUGAUAUAGGAACGACAGCUCUCGUCGUGCGCUCAGUGAGCGACUGCAGCUGGAGAGACAAUAACAGCGACGCGUGCACAGUAUCCACAUUUGGACUUGCUAUGGACCAGCAGCACGAUUUCUUGAACUCCUCGCACAAUAGCCACACAGCUCACUACAACUCUGGCGAUACCAUGGCAACCUCCCUUUCUGGAAUGACCAUCAAUGAUCAUCACCAUGGCAACCAGUUCCAUAAGGAGAAUGGAAUAGCGGUGGGGCUGAAAGCAGGGGACUGUCCAAUGAAAGAAGAAUUUUCAGAAGAACAGGUGGAUGUUGAGCUCAGUAAAGCUGAAGGAACCUCCUCUUCUGAGGAGAAGCAAUGUGAGGGCCCACAAGAUUCAAGAUCAGAAGAGAAUGAAGAUCAGCCCAUGCCUGUUGUGGAAGUGCCGAGCGCUGGAGGAAUGGCGCCUACAGACCACCAGAGAAUACAAGAGCAGGACGAAGAUCUCCUCAGAAGCAGCUGGGAUGGACAACCAGUCCAUUCCCAUCAUCGGCGGACAUCUGUCAGUCCAGACCGCACCAGGAGCCUUUCUCUGGAGAGUGAGCCACCUGUGACUUUCCUGGUUCGCAGUGCCGCCCUGGAGGACCUGACAUCCGUCGGGGAGAGGAUCGUAGAAGCCAGGGCUCCUUACAGUGAGACCCUUCAGGAAGAGGAAGAACUGUCCUUUUACGGUAAUGAGAGCCAUGAGGAAGAAAAAAACCUUCCAGCAUGGGCCAGCAGGGCUCAAGCAACUCUCGCUGAACCUGUAUAUGCACCUUCUGAAACUAAAGAACAUAGUUUUACAAGAACUUUACCUCAUGAACACAUGGACGCAAUGGGCACAGUGAUGGAGAAAGUUGAUACUACGUUAUCGGGGGUUAAUGCUGCUGCUGAAGAUGCAGAAACGGAAAAGACUCCUACGAGCACAAGUGGCUCUCCAAAAGGUGUCCACGGCUCCCCGGCAAGAAAAUCCCUGGUGCCGGUGGCUCAGUUUAAAGCUCAGUCCAAGACCAAUGGUGAUGCUGAGAAGAGGGCUCCUAGUAGCAGUAGACCUCAUGCUGCUGGUACAAAGAUUCCUGCCAUGACUGCAGUCGCCAAAAAUGGAAAAGACUCUCCUAAGACCCCGGAGACCAGUGGGCACAGCAGCCCUGGCACUCCCAAAUCCCCUGCCAGUAAAGCUGCUGGUGGAAAGCCUCCAAGCACAGGAAAUGAAAUCAAGAAGGUUGCAGUGAUUCGCUCGACCCCUAAAUCUCCGAAGAACCGUUCACCUACAUCGCUGUCCACUGCUGCCCCCCUCCCUGAUCUGAAGAACGUACGUCCCAAAGUUGGUUCUACCGACAACCUGAAGCACCAGCCUGGAGGCGGCCGGGUACAAAUUCUUGAUCAGAAGGUGGACUUCAGUAAUGUGCAGGCAAAGUGUGGCUCCAAAGCCAACCUCAAGUAUGUACCAGGAGGUGGCAAUGUACAAAUUCUUGAUCAGAAGUUGGACUUUAGUAAUGUCCCUUCUAAGUGUGGCUCCAAAGACAAUAUCAAACACACACCUGGAGGUGGCGAUGUAAAAAUUCUUGAUCAGAAGGUGGACUUCAGUAAUGUCCAGUCAAAGUGUGGCUCCAAAGACAAUGUGAAACAUGUACCAGGAGGUGGCAAUGUGCAAAUUCUCGAUCAGAAGUUGGACUUAAGUAGCGUGCAGUCUAGGUGUGGUUCCAAAGAUAAUAUCAAACAUGUACCCGGAGGUGGAAAAGUCCAAAUCCUCCACAAAAAGAUUGACCUGAGCAAUGUGCAGUCAAAAUGCGGAUCGAAAGACAACAUUCGUCACAAACCAGGUGGAGGAAACAUUGAGAUCAGGUCUGAGAAGCUUGAUUUCAAGGCUCAGUCAAAGGUUGGAUCUCUGGACAACAUUAAACACGUGGCUGGAGGAGGCAACAGGAGGAUUGAGUCGCACAAACUGAUGUUCCGUGAGCAGGCCAAAGCGCGAACCGACCAUGGCGCAGAAAUCGUGUCUCUAGAGGAAUCGCCACACGGCCUGAGCACCGUCUCCUCUUCUGGCAGCAUCAACAUGGCAGACCCGCCGCAGCUUUCCACCCUCGCCGACCAGGUGUCUGCAUCGCUGGCCAAGCAGGGCUUGUGAUUGGACCAUACCACCACCUAGCCACGCCCCCAAACCCCACCCCCUCCCCUCCAGAAAAACAGAACACACACUUUCACAUACCUGAUGGUAUUCUAACCUCUCUCUGAAAGUCAUUUUAUGGCCCAGAAAACAAUGCCAAGUAACUUUUGGCAAUUACUGUUCGAUUUUGUAAUACUUCAGGUUUGUUACAGGCCAAUGAAGCUGUUUUAACUGUGAAUUAUGUAUGAAUUUGCCUGUUCACUCUUCCUUUGCUUUAAGCAAGGGAAUUUAAGAAUUGGGAAUUUCUUCCUGCCACCCUCCCUUGACUAUAUUUAGUAGCACAAAAUGAUGUUCAUGUAUUUGUAUGGCUUUUGUUGACCAUUUUAUAUUUUCUUUAGGCAUGCCUGGUUUUUGGUUAGUACCGGAUUUAGGACAGUUCAGACAGAACCCAUUUUUACUUUCAGAGAGGAUUGUUCUCAUUUUUAAAUCAGGAUAAAAUUAGAUAGAGAUUAUGAUUAAGUCGCUUAGCAGUGCUUAAAAUGAAAAUUAGAGCAUUGCAUCUUGACUUUGAGGAAGAAAGAAACUUAAAGCCCCACAGUCCAUUUCUGAAAUGAUUUGCAAGGCUUACAUGAAGAAAAACAGGUGCAGAACAGCUUUGUGUAGAAGCUGAAAGCUUUCUUUUCAAUCUCUGUUGUGCUGUUGAUCAGAGAUUACACUUCACGUCUAAGAUGCCCUGCAGUGAACCAUGAGCUUCACAGUGCUUCAGUAUUAUUCUGCAGAUAUGGGAUGUUUAUGAUAUGAAAACAUUUUUUUGUGUGCCUACUGGCAGUCUUAAAUGAUUGAUUUGAAUUAUGUUAAUGCCUCUCCUACUCUUUUUUUUUUUUUUAACUUGCAUUUAUAUUUUUACCAUAAGCAUAAAGCAAAUUAUCUUCAAAUUGUAGCUACGUGUUUACAGCAGUUUUGGACACGUUUAUUGGUAACGCUUUACAAUGAGUUUCAAGAUUUUUGGCAUUAAAUAAUGCAGUAGUCAUAAUGAAAUAAAAAUGAACAAUACUUUUACAGCAUUUAUUAAUAUAGGUAAAUGUUCAUUUCUACAUAUACGAAUACAUUUUAACAUUUCAUUUAUUUACUAACAAUAAACUAUAAUAAAUGAACCUAGAUUAUAAAUUGCUGUAAAAAAUCUGUUCGAUUCAGAAUGCAAUUUGGGUUAGUUCACCCAAAAAUGAAAUUCGUUCCAAACAUGUCGUUCCAAACACAUAAGACCUUUGUUCAUCUUCAGAACACAUAUGAAGAUAUUUUUGAUGAAAUCCAAGAGGUUUUUUAUCUCCCAUAGAAAGCAACAAAAUUACCACAUUUCCAAUGUGUCUUCAACAUAAACUGCGUAGGAGAGUGACAGGGAAGAGAUGAAAUUGUUGAAUAAAGACGUUAUUUUUGUUUUGUUUUUGCGCUCAAAAAGUAUUCUCAUCGCUUCAUAACAUUAAGGUUGAAACACUGUAGGCACGUUGACUAUUUUAACUAUGUUUUUACUACUUUUCUGGACCUUGAAUGUGGUAAUUUCAUUGCUUUCUAUGGGAGAUUUUUUUUUAAAAAAAACUCUUGGAUUUCAUCAAAAAUAUCUUCAUUUGUGUUCCAAAGAUGAAGGUCUUACGGGUGUGAAACGACAUGAGGGUGAGUAAUUAACCUUUAACUGAUUAACUGUUGUUACAAAGUGUUGUUUAAUUAAUAACAGGUUGCAUGUGAGAAAUCUGGACAUUAUUUGAAAAAAACAACCUAUGCACCUGUCAUUUUUUCCAUAAUGCCAACAGUUCCUCUCUUUUCUUGCUAUGACAUUUAGCUCUAGCGGAGUUAUCAUUUUUUAGAUGAAUUGCCAAACUGGUGUCACACACGGUAUUGUAAAUUUGCCCUCGACACAUAACAUCAGGAUUUGUAUUCUUCACAAAUAACCCUCACCAGAGCACAAGCAUGCCGUUAAACAUUGAUCUGUCGCGUUUCCUCGUGAACACAUCAUCCGCUUCCACUUUAGAGCUGUAAAAUGUCAAGGUAUUCUAUUCUACUGAAUGAUGAUGUAAUGACCUUAACCAAUCAUAUGGCUUCAAUUCUCACCCCUGCACUGUCGCAGAAUGUUUAAUGAGCUUUGAACCACUCCACACUAUCUUUGCUCCUUGCAUGCAUUUCAUGUAAGCAGCCUGAGAUACUGCGUUGCCUCUUACACACCUACUUACGUAUAUCCCGUAAUCGCUGACGUGCUUAUUAGGAAUCUAUGUAGAUAGUAGUGGAAAAGAGCACUACUCGGAUGGCGACCCCUGUUUCUUUGUGUUGGAGAAGGAGCUGUGUAACUACCAUUAGAUAUUUAAUGUAUGUUUAUUGUAUGUUUAUGACUGUGUGUUUAUGAGGACUUGAAGAAACUUUAAAAAAAAACAAAAAAAACAAACAAACAGAAAAGUUCAGAGACCAUGCCUGCAACACUUUAAUCUGCAUGCUGAGUUUUUACAUGGAUUAGCGAUUUCUGAACGUUUUCUGACUAGGGUGUUUUUGGAAAGGUCGGGAGAGCUGGAUGUGGGAUAAGGUGUUUUGUUCCGGUUGUGAUGUUGUGUUGAGGGGGGAAGUGAGUGUUUAGCUGACAGAAGUGGGAAAGAAAGUCGGUCCUUUGGUUUAAAUGUCUCACUCUAUAGCAGCACACCUGUGACAUGGUUCUGGGUGCGGUUUUGCCAUCCUGUUGUCAUUGACUCCAUACACCAUUUUUGCAGUUGUAAAUUUUAGCUUGGGAAUUGUGGUUGUCAAUAUUGUUUGUGUGUUUUAUUAAUAACUGGUUUACAAUUAUUCUUGUUGAUGUACAUGUGAAUUUGGAAAUAAAGGAUAUUAAGCAAA